CGCUCCUCCCUUUCUCUCGGCGGGCCCGCCCUCCCGGGGUCCCCUUACCCCAGCUCCGCACUCCGACUGACCUCUCCGUGGGCCUCCUAGAGGUCCCCAGAGCUUGGAUUUGCGCUUUUUAAUUCAAGUGCCGAACAGCUCUCUGAGUUCCUGUGGUACGUCCAAAUUUCCCAGGUUAGGGGGGCUGGAGAGUGGGACAACCACGUUUGUGUAAACUCCAUCUAAAGAAGAAAAGACGCGGCAUCCAGCCGACAGGGGACCGGCGAUGCUGGACACCAUCCUCCCUUCGCUGCAGGACGUCGGCAGGCAUCUGCUGCCCACGCUGCCCUCGCUGAGCCAGGAGGAAGUUUCUACUAUUUGGGGAAAUGUGUCAGAAUUUGUGGAACGGCAGCUAUCCUUACACAAGGGAGUUCAGAUUCCGGGACUUGGAACUUUCACUUUCAUGAGACAAAAGCUUGAGGUGGGAAACAAGAAGUUUUUCCUAAUUCAGAGGCCCGUGUUUGUCAUGGCAGAGAAGUUAGUACAGAUCCAUGGACUGAAACAAAACAGAAUAUAUACUCCUGGUGAUAUCCCAAUAGUUCCACUUAAUUUUGUCAUGAUAUCCUUGGAGGGUCCAUUUAGCAGAGAUAUAGUGGAAGGAUGUGUGAAGGAGACGCUGCUUUUUUUAUCACGAUCCAUUUCCAUCAAACAAAACGUGGAGUUUACAUUCAAAGGAAUCGGGGUCCUCGUGAUCAAAGACAGUAAAGUCAAGAUGAGAUUCUAUAAGGACUUCCUUUGUACAAUGGAUGGAAGCGGGGCUUUGGCGAAAGCCCUAGCAAAUAGGCCUAACACGGUGGAUUCGGUGUUGUCCAGCAGAGAGAACUUGGGGAAGCGACCCAACAGCGUGCUUGCGUUUCCAAGGAUUGAGCUCAAGGAGAUGGAGAACAAACCACCUAUGGAGACCAUUGCAGAAGAAGAUGGACAGAAUGGACAAAGGAAGGACAAAUUAAAAGACCAGUCAGACAAAGAAGAAGGUGUCCCAGAGGUUUUAUCACCCAAGACAGCUCAAGAUAGAACAGCUGUCUCUGCUGCCAAAGGGACAAAUGUCAGUUUGCCAAAUAAACUGGAGCAGAAUGGGACUGGUGGGAAGAAUAUGAACCUUGAAAGUGUAUUGCCUCCAGGUGGACUGAAAAAUGAUCAUGAAAUGAAGCCUAAAAUUUCUCCAGGCACUUCUUGCAAGGACCAUCAUAGGGCAGGACAGGAAAUGUGUUAUAUAUGCUUGCAACGAGCGCAGCGAAAUUUCCCACUGUACUAUACUGAGGAGAGGAGGAGGAGAGAGAUGGAAGAUGAGCGACUCAUCCAGGAGUAUCUAGUGUUGAAAGACCAAGAGACUAUCUUCAAAGAGCAGAUGAGAAGUAUGGCUAGUAGAGAACAGAAUCAAAAGAAUGCCGCCUAUAAUCUUGGAGUUGCUGAAGCUAUAAGAAUCCACAAGAAUGAGAAACCUGAAUUUUAUAAAUCCUUCCUGUUUGAUAAACGGCCACUCAGUCCUGAGAUUAAUGCUUUUAAGCAAGAGGAGUAUUCCCAAAGUCUCCUGAGACAAAUGGAUCACAGACGGGAAAAGGACAUAAAGCAAAGGCAAAACAGAGAGCUGAUGGACCGCCUGGAACAAGUGCAGCUCACAGAGGAGCUUGCUGCGCAAAGAGCCAAAUAUAUAAAAGAUAAGAUGGAAGAAACACAGUGUUACAAGAGAGCUCUGGAUGCCCAGAUAAAGAAUAGAUGCCCUCAGCUGCCCGUGUUUGAGCCAGACUCUUCUAAGCCCAUCUUUGGUAAGAAUGAGGGUGAGAUGAUGGUGGAAAAGCGAAAGAGAGACCAGAAUUACAUGAAGCAUCAGAUGGAGGCCGCUGCUAACCACAAGAGGAGGGCCAUCCUGCAUCAGCUGGUGGACCAAAAGCGGGAUUUGCUGAUGCUUCAGAGGACACACACAGAGCACUUGGCAGACAGAAAUGCUGAGCUUGAGCGAGUGAACAGAAUCAACCAAAGCUUACAGGACGAUUGGGAGAGGAGUGCUGUCAUGAAGAAGCAGCGAGACUUGGAGGAGAAGGCUUUUGAGAGGGCCUCCGACAAGCUCUUCCUGCUGGACCAAUGUGAGAAGUACCGGCGCUGCAAGCAGUGCCAGAGGCGCACCUCCAACAGGGGCGAGAGCAACCUGUGGCCCCUGAACAAGUACAUGCACGGCUCCAGGCUGUUUGUAUAAAACCCAGGGUCUGGGCCUGCUGGGGAAAGUCCUUUUUUUUUUUUUUAAGGGUGAUGGUAAAACUUCAUAUUUUUACUUUAGAGGGGAAAAAAAAAAAAGAAUUACUGUGCCACUCUGGUGCUUUUCGGAGUAGAUCAGAUUCCUAUAGACAGCUUCUCCCUGCCUGUCUCCCUCCCAACCCGCCUCAGGCCCCCAAGGAGCCUGGACUGGGAAAUGGAACCCCGCUUCACUGUGGUUGAGAGGGGUGCUGACCCAACCCACCACCCCCUCUGUGACUUUGUCUAGGAGCCUUUAUUUUUCUUCACCUAUAACGAAGAGUGUCAUAAUAAAUACUUUCUAUGAGUCUUGA